UUUUAUUUUUAUCAAAAAAUGCAACAAAUUCCAGAGGAUGUAAUUAAAAAAUUAUCUGAUUUUGACAAAGCUUUGACUUCUUUUGAAGAUGCUUUAGAUAAUCAUUUAAAUUUACAACAAAACGAACAAACUUCAAAUUUGGAUAAAGCAAAAUUCGAAUUGGCUACUCUUUUUGCUGUAAAUUCUCUUUAUUGGACUUAUUUACAUUGCAAAGGAAAGGAUCCUAGUCAAAACAGUGAACUUGCUGUUGAAUUGAACAGAACAAAAGAAUAUAUUGCAAAAUUAAAACAAUAUGAAGAUUUAAAUAAAAGACCGAAAUAUGAUGGGAAAACUGUUGGGCGUUUUGUUAAGCAUGCUUUGUUUAAUUUAAAUGAGGACAGUCAAAAUAGUAGAAAUGAUGAGUUUUGCCAAUCUUCAAUUAAAAACCAAAAAAACAAUUCUUCUUUUACCAAUUGUGAGGUUACAGUUCUUUCUGAUAAUGAAGAAGAAGGGCAAGAUGAUGAUGAUGAUAUUGAAGUUAUUGAAGAUAAAGAAGAAGGAGAAUUAGAAGAAAUUCCAAAAAAGAAAUUUAAAAAAAUUUAAAAUAAAAAAAAAUAUACAAAAUUUUAAUUGAUUUAUUUAAAGAAAAUAUAAAUAAAUGUUGAUAUUAAAGGUUAAAAUUAUUUUCUCAAAAAAAUUCCUUAUUUUAAUCCCUAAUUAUAUCCGAUUGUGAUUUAUUUUCUGAUUUUCAAAUCUAAAUAUUAUUUAAAACAUUAUUUUUAUUAAAUAAGUGCCCAUUAAGGUGUUUGGGUUUUCUUUGAUUUUCAUAUUUUGACAGAAGUAAAUUGGGUAUUGAAUUAAUAAACGUUAUUUGAGCCUUAAACUUAAAAUUUCCAAAAAUAACUGUAGCCGUAUUUAGCCAUCCAUCUCUU